AUGAAUAUCGAUUUGACACAUCCGGAGAUUUUAACAAUCGAACAGUUGCGAACUCAGUUAUCAAAAGUGGUUGGAUUUGAUCUACCUGAUAGUAAAUAUGAAUUGAUUCAAUUGUUUUAUAAAUAUGUCGCACCUUUGCCACAAAGAAAAUUCCGUACAAAUCGUUUGGGUACGAUUCUCACAAAUAUUCAGGAAAGACACGGCAGCGGAAAACGACCAUUAGCCGUAGAGUCCGAAAGUACAGAUAAAGUCUAUGUGGUUAAACGACCAGCACCAUCGGUGGAUGAGUCGGAGGAUCAAGUUCAUGGUGAAAAACAUGAAUCAGAUCGAGGAAUUUAUACAGUCACAAUCCAAAAAUCAGGGAAUCAAGGUACCGCUCCGAUCAAACUAAAACGACCUCCACCCAUUCUCACAACUGAUAACGAACAGGAUGCAACGAAACGAGUAAAAGUCGGUGAUACGACUACUUGA